AUGUCGAACAAGAUUGCAAUCCUUCUGGCUGUUCUGGUUGGUGUAGUGAGCUGCGUACAGGCAAAAACCUUGGUGCUGCCUCGGUCAAUUGUUGGUGGAUUCGAAAUCAACAUAACCGAGACACCAUACCAAGCGUCGCUACAAUACCACAAUAAGCAUAAUUGUGGAGGCUGUGUACUGAGCAAUAAGUGGGUCCUAACAGCAGCUCACUGCACAGUCGGUAGAUCAAUCAGCAAUCUCGCAGUACGCGUAGGAUCUUCGAAACACGCAUCUGGUGGAACCGUUGUUCGCAUUUCACGUGUCAUAGACCACCCGAAUUACAACAAUGACAAAACCGACUAUGAUUAUUCGCUGUUGGAACUGAAAAGCAAGCUCACCUUCAGUGAUGCCGUUCAGCCGAUUGCUCUUCCCAAGCAAGAUGAAUCGGUAAAGGAUGGAACCAUGGCGAUCGUGUCUGGAUGGGGAUAUACAAUGAAUGCGAACGAGUCUCAUGCCGUUCUACGUGCUGUAAAGGUACCGACCAUAAACCAGGAAGAUUGUAACGAUACUUAUUUGAAGAAAUUUGGAGGAAUCACUGAUCGUAUGCUGUGCGCCGGAUACCAGCAGGGAGGAAAGGACUCUUGCCAGGGAGAUUCGGGCGGUCCUUUGGUGGUUAAAGGAAAACUGAUCGGUGUCGUUUCAUGGGGCGACGCAUGUGCUGCUGCUAAUCAGCCGGGUGUGUACGCUCGCGUGGCCUAUAUUAGGAAUUGGAUUAGAGAAAAAAGUAAAGUGUGA